AUGUGGAGUGUUAUGAAUCGCCGUGUGUUCUUUAGGAAACUUGAUCGGAAACUUAUUGCUCGUUGCUCGUCCACAAACGGUUCAUAUGGACUAGAUAAAAUAAAACCAUUACCCGUUCCAGAUAUAGUGAGGAAACCACGUCGCUUACCGUUUUUGAAAUCAAUAUACGCCGGUCAGUAUGAUAUCGAAGUCCUUACAUAUCCAGAAACACUUAAUCUGGAAAGGUUUAAAGACCUGGAAUCCCGAGUGCAACAAGUCCAGAACAAUUGUACGAAAAUCGACACUGUUCGUCAACUAGGACUGUUUGGCAUGAGUGCUCCAUACCCAAGCUCGGGCCUCAACUUAUCCGACACCGAAAUAGCACGUAUAUUUGAACACUUUGAUUCCAACACGUUUAAGUCCGUAUUUGAUCACACGCUGUGCGUUGACAUAAUCAAAACUUUUGGUACUCCUAGUCAAAAAUCAAAAUAUUUACCAUUGCUCGCUUCGGGUGCCGUAUGCACAUUACACGUCGAUACUGUAACAAGUAAACUACUGCCCAACGAGAGCUGGGAACUCACAGGCUCUGUGAAAAAUUCUGCAGAUGUUUUCUUGUUAUUUGUCAUUGGAAGUAAAGCCUACAUAGUCGAAAAGGAUAAAACUUUUGUCAACGGGGAAAAUUUAGAAUUGAGACAGGUAAUUGUUGCUCCAGAUGAUGUAAUGGAAAAUGUUGAUUUAACAAAAAUAAUGUAUAGAGGUAAAUUAUACACGUGUUCUGUAUUAACUACGUCUUUGAAGAGAGUUGUUCAAGCAACUGUUCAGAAUUUAAUACCAAAAACUAGGUUAAGUUUAAAAUUGAGAGAAUGUGAUUCUGUUCUGAAGAUAAUAUCAAAAUCGUUAAUAAACAUCUAUACACUUGAAAGUAUGAUAUAUCUGACCACGUGGAUGACUGAUGGAUUUGAUGAUCCAGACAUAGAGCUAGAGUCGGCCUCCAUACAGCUAUUUGCUCGUCAAACAGUUGACAGUAUAUUGAUAGAUUUAAAAAUGGUAAAUGGAAGAAGUUCAAUAAAUCAAAAGUUUUCGACUUUAUGCAAUGAGGUGGAAGAUUUAGUUGAGAGUUUGGAAGGAACUAUGAAACUAGCUAAUUUUAUUAGUAGUCGAGGUGUGGAGUUUUUCAAUAAAUCUGAUUAUGAAGAAGAUGUGUCAUUUCUGACUACAGCUUAUAGAAAUUUAAUGAUGAAAAGAAAUGAGCCUAGCUUAAAAUAUGGCCUUCAACAAUUCCUACAUCCUGCACUCAAGCAUGCUGCAAAUUUUCUCGAGUAUGAUGUAUUGAAAUUUCAAUUUAUAAUUAACCAAUGCCAUGCUGCCGGUCAACUGAGUACCGAUAAUCAAAUGCUUAUGGAAAGGUUGUCAACAGUAAUCGUAUACAUUUAUGCCAUGACAGCAGUUCUUGGUAGAGCAUCUAGAUCGUAUUGCACUGGAAUCCGGUUUUGUGAUUAUGAAAUGAAUACUGGAGAAACAGUGGUUAGAGAAUCGUGUACUUUACUUAAACCAAUUUUAGAAGAACUGAUGAGUGGUAAAUAUGUUGCAACAGAUUCAGUCUACGAAUCAUUUGCGGACCAAUUAUUAUUUAAUAAUAUAAAUAGAGGACAAACAGAGACGUAA